AUGCCUGCUGCGUUGGACGAUAUCGUACAACGUGUCCGUACAUCAUUCAGGUUAUGGCAUCUUGGAUUGGUGCUUCUCGCGCUUUACAUCUGGUUCGAUGUCUCCGAAAUUCAGUCUACCGGCAGCUUGCCUGAUAAACAAGAGUUUCGCCAUGGAUCAUUCACGGGUCCGAUGGGAGAUGGAGGCAAAGCUCUUGUACCUGGAGAACUUCCAGGAUAUAGCGGCUGGGCACGAUCGGAGGAGACGCUAGCUGGCUACUUUUCGAUUACUGGUCACUCUGCGACUGAACUGAAAGUUGGGGAUGAAUUUCAGGUAUCGAUGCAAUGCAAAGGCCACAAAGAUUGCGUCAAGGGGCACUCUCUUUUUUUUCUAAGAGCAUAUGGUCCAUCAGUGAUCUCGGGUGUGACUAUGACAAAAGAUGAAGGACAAUAUGAAAUGGUAUUCCGUCCUCUUGAUUCUGGCAUGUACACUGUGGAAGUUGUUUUGUCUUUCUCGUCGCCACCGCCUUUUGACUCAUUUCCAUUGUCACCUGGAGUUUCGGAACCUGCGUACGAAGGAUACCUCCUGCCAGGAUUUCCAAUUCGAAUUGAUGUGGGUGAUUCGAAAGGUAGAGGAGAAGAAGCGGCUGUUCCGCUAUGCACCUUUCGACAACUGGAGGAGACUUCAUCGAACAGCGCUCUGUCCAAAGCAAGAUGGCGCGUUGAUAGCAAGACGAAUGGGAUAGGAUACACAAGUUCAGCUGAUGGGACGAAAGUUUCUGAGGAGGGAUACAAGAAGAAUAAAAACUCUAUCGGUAUCCAAAUGUCUUAUGAUUACUCUCCAAGCUGUGCAUUGCUGACCAGUCGUCCGUUUGAGAAGCAAGGCUCCUCGCACCCCUUUAACCAGUGCGAGAACAAAGACAUCAAAGUGAUUUUCAUCGGAGAUUCAGUUAUGCGAGUUCAGUGGAAUAGAUUUGACGAGCUAGUCAAGGAAAUCCCAAGUGUAUCAACUGAUUACAUAAAUCUUUAUGGAGGCUACCGAAUGUGUGAGCGGCAAGAUCCAAACAUCAAGCAGAAACUUCAUAAAAUAUAUGCAAAAUCAGAAAGCUCAGCCAAGGCAAUCAUUUUCAACACUGGUAUGCAUGAUAUCCACCGAUUAUGUGGAAGCGAGUGGACCGAGGAUAGAAAAAACUAUAUCAAGGAAAGUGUCCUGGCUUCCGAUUUUUCCUGUGUGCGAGAGUACGGAUUCAUCAUCAAAGACUUUGCCAAUUGGAUUAGCAACGUUCCAGCGGACCUCCGAGUUUUCCAGAGUACAACAUCAGCCUGGCCAAAGUACGGCAACUUUGGCAUUCAAUGGCCGUAUGGUGCCCAGUUGCUUCCAUUGGAUUCAAGUUUUGUUAUGCCAUUCAACGAAAUCGCCUUCAAUAUCCUUCAGGAGUAUCGAACGACAGUUCAGAUAAUGGACGGAUUUUGGAUCACACACAGUCGACCAGACAACAGAGAAGUUGGGGAGAUUGGUAAGAAGCUCUCGCAUCCUGGAUUGGAAGUACAAGGUGCGAUGGCAAGAAUCUGGUCAAUGAUGAUACUAGAGAAACUAUGCUGA